GAAUUAGGAUACCAUUUUAUAACAUCUGGAUGUUACAUGUAUCGUUUUCUUUUAGUAAAUGGCAAUAGUUGGCGAUUAAGAACUUUAGCUAUAAGGCUAACAGUCAGUACUAGCACCCCCGCGUCCUAGACUUGAGUUGCAACAAACCGGCUAGCAACUAGCUCCAACUGAACUCCUGAGUUGGCCAUUAUGGGAGCUUACCUGUCUCAACCUAACACGGCCAAGACCUCGUCCGAUGGCGGCAACAAGAAGAUGAGCUACGGCUUCUCGGCCAUGCAGGGCUGGCGGGUUUCUAUGGAGGAUGCCCACAACUGCAUCCCAGAGCUGGACGAAGAAACGGCCAUGUUUGCUGUGUAUGAUGGACAUGGAGGUGAGGAGGUUGCAUUGUACUGUUCUAAGUACUUGCCUGACGUUAUCAAGGAGCAGAAAACGUAUAAAGACGGAAAACUGCAAAAGGCCCUGGAGGAUGCAUUUAUGGCCAUUGACGGUAAAAUCACCACUGAGGAAGUAAUCAAGGAGCUGGUGCAGAUCGCAGGCCGACCCACAGAGGAAGCGCCCAAUGAGAAAGUGGCUGAAGAGGAUGACUUGGAGAACGAGGAGGCAGCUUUGCUCCACGAGGAGGCUACCAUGACCAUCGAAGAGCUGUUGGUGCGCUACGGCCAGAACCUGAAUGCCCUCAAACACAAGAAGGCCUGUUCCGAAGCCAAAAGAGAGUCUGGGGAUGGAGAUACCCCUGACGGCUGCCACACUGGGGACAAGGUCCUUAACGGGGAGCUGGAGGGAGAGACGGACAGCAAUGGCAAAGCCGGGUCUGGGGCCUCUAAGCUGAGGGCCUGCAGGAGAGGAGCAGCGGCGGCAGCAUCAGGGGGACCAGGCGAUGGCAACUCCUCUGCAGGUGCAGGUGGAGGAGAGAAGCCCAGCAAGGUGGAGGGAGAUGCGGGUCCCUCCUGUUCUUCCUCUGCCCAACCCCAAGCUCCUGGAGACACCAAGUCCAAGUUCUUUGAGGACAGCGAUGAGUCAGGGGAAGAGGAGGAGGAAGAGGGGAGUGAUGAGGAGGAUGGCAGUGAGGAAGACGAGGGUGAGUACAGCAGUGACAAUGAAGAGGACACUGAGGAGGGAGAGGAUUCUGACGAAGAGGAAGAGGAGAUGUGCCUACCAGGAAUGGAUGGGAAGGAAGAGCCGGGCUCAGAUAGCGGGACCACGGCGGUGGUGGCUCUGAUCCGGGGGAAGCAGCUGAUCGUGGCCAAUGCCGGGGACUCCCGCUGCGUGGUGUCUGAGAAGGGCAAGGCUGUGGACAUGUCCUACGACCACAAGCCGGAGGACGAGCUGGAGCUGGCCAGGAUCAAAAACGCGGGCGGGAAGGUCACCAUGGACGGACGCGUCAACGGAGGACUGAACCUCUCCAGAGCUGUCGGUGAUCACUUCUAUAAGAGAAACAAGGCCCUGCCAGCAGAGGAGCAGAUGAUCUCAGCCAUGCCUGACGUCAAGGUCCUCACACUCAACGAGGAGAAUGACUUCAUGGUCAUCGCCUGUGAUGGCAUCUGGAACGUUCUGAGCAGUCAGGAAGUGGUGGACUUUGUCAGUCAGAGAAUCAAACCCAAUGACAAAGGAGUGGUCAGACCCCUGUCUUCCAUAGUGGAAGAGCUGCUGGACCACUGUCUGGCCCCUGACACCUCAGGAGAUGGUACAGGAUGUGACAACAUGACCUGCAUGAUCGUAACCUUCGGCCCCCACCCCUGCUCAGGCCAGGCUGAGGGUACUAAAAAGAGAAAGCCAGAAGAGAUUGUAUCUGAGAAGAAUGGAAAUGACUGCAAAAAGGCCAAGAGUGAAUAGAGCUGAUCUGACCAGCUGUUCUGUGCACAGCCUAGUCCGGUCUGACUCAGCCCUGGCCUGGCCUGGUUCAGUAGCCUGACACAUAAACUCCCACCUCACCCCCAACCCUUUCUGUGGAACCUUUUUAAAGACUGAUCUCUUGGACAGGAUAUCUAUUAGUUUAUGUCCAGAGAUAUGAGACAGUAUAACUGUAUAACAGUCCUUUUUUUCUUUUUUGUUAUUAUUUUGCUUAAGGCCAAUUGAAACCAUGUUCUGUGUGUCCUAGUGUGAACUAUCUUGUCACCAUGCCAUUGUUUAUGUAUAUAGUUUUCAAUACUUGUAAUUGAUCAAAUGCAUUUUUUCUUUGUAAUUGUGGAUCAAUGUGACAUUUUGGUGCAUACUACUUUGACACCAGUAUGUAAUUAAUUACAAAUACAUUUUUUUAAAUAACGUGACAA